UAUGAUUAGGUCAUCAACAAUAUUUGUAAUUAUUUUGAGUUACAUUGUUUCAGUUAAAGGUGAUCCAAAGCUUACAGUCAUCAACAAUUGUCCUUAUCCAAUUUGGCCAGCUUACCAAGUUGGAGCCGGACAGACUGUACCCAAAAAUGGAGGAAGUGGAGCUUUAAAUAAGGGACAAAGUGUUUCAUUCACGGUUAAUCCAAAAUUGUCAGCAUUGAGAAUUUGGGCACGGACAGGGUGUAAUAAAGAUGCAACUAGUUGUACAACUGGAAUUUGCAGAGGACGUGGUAUUGAAUGUAAAGGCACCGGAGGGGAACCACCAAUGUCAUUGGCAGAAUUCACUUUUGGUACUAAUGCCGGGGAUUUCUACGAUGUUAGCUUAGUUGAUGGUUUCAAUAUACCUGUGGAAAUUGUGCCAAUUGGAGGAAAUGGACCAAAAUGUAAAAAGAUCAAUGCGUGUGAUCUUAGAAAAGUUGCUUCUAAAUUGCCAUCACAAAUGAUCAAGAAGGAUAAUAGAGGGACAAUAAUUGGAAUCCUCAGCCCUUGUGCAGCUUUUAAAGAUCCAAAAUAUUGUUGUACCCAACAAUGGAAUAAACCCGAAACUUGCCAUCCAGUCUUUAACAAUUAUGAUGUUUAUAAAACAGAAAAUAAAGAAUGUCCUCAACAAUAUCUUUACCCAUAUGAUGAUGAUAAAGCAACAUUUGUUUGUACUAAUGGAGGGAAAGUUAAUUAUAAUAUUAAAUUUUGUCCUUAA